ACGUGACUCAAAAAACAGGCGGAAACAACGGCAGCAGUGUCCAGUAUAUUUCUAAUAUCAGCUGAGGAAAUAUAUACGGUUUAUCGUCUGCAAUGACUUCGUCCUCCGAUGAACAUGCACAUCAAUUUGUUCAAAGGGAAGAUGUUUUGGUGAUUUCCAACGAAACUCAUUCGUCAGCAGAAAGGCGUGCAGAAUGCCAAGGAACAGCAGAGACAAUUUGUAUAGAUGACAAUUCAAAUGAGGGAGACACCGUAGCAAAUAAAGCGCGAAAAGAAGUCCAAGGAACAAAAGAGAUCAUUUGUAUAAGUGAUAACAGUUCAAACGAGGGAGACACCUUAGUUAAAGAAGAACCGGAACCGAACCAUGAGACAACGGACGAAAUUGCUUUGCUGAUUGAAGGAUUUGUAAACAGCGGGAAAAUUACAAUUUAUGAUGCCGAGAGCCUGGCAGGUGGAAAGCCAGAAAAGCUUACAAGUAGGCGCGUCGAGCUGAGGCGUCCCCAAAAGAUUUCCAUCAAUGACGAAAAUAGUUAUGAUUUGAUUUGGAGUACAGGCAAUCGGUCAAAAAUUAUAGCACUUGACCAAGAAAAGUUUAGCAGACUGUGCCGUGGAGGAAACGUUUUCGUUACCAGGCCAAGGAGACCAGUAUGGAAUACUGGAUUGAAAGCACCAGAGUCGGUAAAAGAGCUUUGUCGUACUGAGGGCCCCCGCAAAGUUCAAAAGUUAAUCGACAAGCUGGGAAUGCCAGACAGGGAGCAAUGUGUCUCUUCCACGAGUGGAAAUAGAUAUGAGAGUACUGUUAUUUCGACGUAUCACGCUUUUGGCCAUGAGGACGAAGUUACAGACGUCACAUCAAGCAUUCAGCCGCCUGCCAAGCGAGGGCUGUUUUCAGACGACGAUGAUACGGACGACGAAAUGCUUUCGCAGUAUGCUGCUGCUAAUGCACAAUCGACGGCAAUGAGUGAAGACACAGUGGAGUCGACAGACCCUGAAGGCAUUGAAAGUGCGAAUUGGUUAUACAGGCAACUGAAUGACGCACGUGGUGAUGUUGACGACAGUGACAGACCACCUGAAGGGAACGUUUCUGGAGCUUUACCAGAUUUUAGUGACGAAAGCAGGGACAUUAUCAGCCACGGUAGCAUUUGCCAACCGAUUUCAUCUCUCUACAAGGGUUCAGCAACUGCGCAGCAAGGUUACACAAGGGAGUCAUCCGUCACAGAAGUCUGUGAUUCAGACUCAAGCUCUGACGAUACACUAGCAUCGACACUGCACUUUGCUGCAAAACGAGAUCUGUCGGCAGCGAGUGAUCAAGUUCUAAAAGCAACAAAACAGUACGCCAAAAGUGCAGCCACGAGAGUGGAGAAGAAGGACAAAGCAAGGUUUUUUGUCGAUGCCAUGGGCUUGCAAAACAAGAAGGUCAAACGACGCAUUUAUGACGACGGAAAUUGGGAGAUUUUUCUUUCGGGCAUGAUUCAACGAACGGGGCAAUACAUGUUUAAGAUUUGCACAACAAAAACGGAUAUUCCAAGUAUAGAGAAUUUCCAAUUUUAUCUCAUUAUGAUGGAAGUGGACGUCAUGUACUGUUACUUGACAAAGGAAUGCGAACUCUGGCAAGUGAAGUACGAUAGCAAGUAUUAUGACGACGCAUUAAGGUACAUUCGCCGUUUUUCCGAAGCCGCAGCCCGUCAGAACAAUGGAAACUAACGACAGCGUUUUCUAGCCUGUAGCCUCGAAAGCAGAGGUUUUUAAACUUGCAGCUUUGAACGUUUGCCUUUUUCAACAGACUUACAUGUGUGAUUUGUGGCAGUUGUGUGUGUGUAUUGGAGUUAUGUAGUUUUUUGUUUUUGUUUUAUGCAACAACAAUCAACAUAUAU